CCAAAGAAUCCUUUUAUUUAGAUAUCUCCCUCUACUCAUCAAGCAGGAAAAAAGAUAUUUAAAAAAAAAGAAGAGAAACAAGUAGUAGAAUAGUUAGUUUAAUGGUAGUGAGUGAUCAUAAGGAUAUUCAAUGGAGAGAAGCAAUUCAAUGAGUACUUCUGAAUCGCCGCCAACAACACCUUCGACUCCUAUUCCAUUACGUCUAAGAAGAGUGCUCAGAGGGUUGUGUAAUGGUUCCGAUGAGAACAGUUCUAUUCAUCCUCGAAGACGACGUACUAAUGGCGGAGGAGGAGAACAUGGUGCUAAAGAUGAAGAAGAUAAUACAAAUGGUGAUCAGUUUCAGUUUGGAACAAAUUAUAAUACACAUUGCCUUUCUUCUUAUUACAGUGUCUUCGUUGCUCGACUUGCCAUCAUGGUGAUGCUAGCAAUUUUAAUUGGGAUGUUAACCGUAUUAACAUGGCACUUUACAAGGGUGUACACAACAAAAUCAAUAAACAGCUUAGCAUUUGGUCUCCGUUACGAACUUCUACAGCGUCCAAUAUUACGGAUGUGGAACAUCUUGAAUUCAACUGUAGAAAUAACAAUGGCGCAGGUUAAGCUUUCUGAAUACGUUAUUCGAAGAUACGAUGGGCCAACUACCCAGGGACCGAAAGUUGAGCUUUAUGAAGUAAUGAAGAAUGUAACAUGGGCACUCUUUGCAAGUCGAAGGGCUCUUAAUGCGAUAACUAUCAGUUACAAGAAUGGGUUCGUCCAGGCUUUUCAUAGAGAUCACAAGACUAAUAACACAUUCUAUAUCUACUCCGAACUCGUUAACUCUUCGGCUGCAGGAACCCACAGUACUGGUGUGCAGUCAACAUAUCCAGGUUGGAAUAAUCAAUCCCUACAUGGUAAUCUCUCAGCUAUUUGGUACCGUGAAGCAGUAGAUCAAAUAACUGGCGAGACAAAAGGGAAGCCGAAACGGGUUCCGCCAGAUGGCUUAAUUGAUAUAGCCGGUCCAUCAGAAGUUGCAGAUGGUGCACCUUCAUGGCAUGUAAAAGUAAGCAAAUUCACUGAUUCACCACUGUUAUCAGCAGCAUUACCGGUUCGAGACUCUCCAAAUGGAAGUAUAGUGGCGGUUGUGGGUGUUACUACAGCAUUAUACAGUGUGGGUCAGCUAAUGAGGGAACUGGUAGACUACCACAGUGGAUACAUGUACUUGACUUCUCAGGAGGGCUAUCUACUUGCAACAUCUACAGAUGCCCCACUUUUGAGGAAUUUGUCGGGAGGUCCUGCACUUAUGUUGCCAUCUGAUUCAGAAGAUCACGUAAUAAAAAUGGGUGCCAAGUGGUUGGGGAAAGCUUACGGCAGCAAGUUGCGUCCUAAUCACGAGGUUCAUGCUGAGAACGUUAAGCUUGGACACCAGCAGUACUACAUCGAUUCCUUCUUCCUUAAUCUUAAGAGACUUCCACUGGUGGGUGUUAUUAUCAUUCCGAGGAGAUAUGUUAUGGGAAAGGUAGACCAGAGAGCGUUUGAGACAUUGGUCAUACUAAUAUCGGCAUCUGUUUGUAUACUAUUCAUCGGCUGUCUCUGUAUUUUGAUAUUGACCAGUGGAGUCUCAAAGGAAAUGAAACUGAGAGCAGAACUGAUAAGCCAUCUCGAUGCAAGAAGACGUGCAGAGGCAUCAAGCAACUAUAAAAGCCAGUUCCUGGCAAACAUGAGUCAUGAGCUACGGACACCUAUGGCUGCAGUUAUAGGACUGCUGGAUAUUCUGAUAUGUGAUGAUUGUCUAACAAACGAACAAUACUCAACGGUAACUCAGAUUCGUAAAUGCUCUACUGCUCUUCUUCGGCUUCUCAAUAACAUUUUGGACCUCAGCAAGGUUGAAUCUGGAAAACUCGUACUUGAAGAAGCUGAGUUUGACUUGGGACGGGAACUCGAAGGACUAGUGGAUAUGUUUUCUGUGCAAUGCAUCAACCACAAUGUUGAGACUGUUCUAGAUCUCUCUGAUGAUAUGCCAAAGCUAGUUCUUGGAGACUCUGCCAGAUUGGUUCAAAUAUUUGUAAAUCUCAUCAGCAACUCUAUCAAGUUUACAUCAUCUGGUCAUAUUGUUCUGCGGGGAUGGUGUGAGAGCUCUGAAACUGGCACAAAUGCCUUGACAUUAUCCACUUACCGGAAAUCUACACCUAAAAUCAAGUCAAACGGAAACCAUGAAAAGAGACCCUUCAAAAAGGAUAACAAAAUUGUUCUUUGGUUCGAAGUUGAUGACACUGGCUGUGGGAUUGAUCCAAUCAAAUGGGAAUCUGUAUUUGAAAGUUUCGAACAAGCAGACCCUUCAACAACACGAACGCAUGGUGGAACUGGACUUGGCCUGUGCAUAGUUCGCACUUUGGUUCAUAAAAUGGGUGGAGAUAUCAAAGUUGUGAAGAAGAAUGGUCAGGGAACCCUGAUGCAACUAUCCUUGAAGCUCAGUACACCUUUUGAUUGCUCGGGGAAAUAUGCUCAAAUAAAAUUUCGCAACCAUAAUAUUAUAGUAUUGCUAGCACUUAAUGGUUCAAUGAGUAGAUCUAUCAUGUCUGAGUGGUUAAGGAAAAAUGGCGUAGGAUCUUGGGAAGCAUCUGAAUGGAACGAGCUUACUCAAAUUCUUCGUGAAGUCUUUCAAAACAGUGGUAUGAAUGGCUUCAAAGUAGAGAAUUCAGCAAGUGAAACCCUGAGGACCGGAGUACGAGUUCAAAACCUUAAAGAUUCAACCUUUGUCAUAGUAGUUGAUAUUGGAGUACUUAACUUGAGCACGGAUAUAUGGAAGGAGCAGCUUAAAUUCCUUGAAAGAUAUCAUAAAAAGGCAAAGUUUGCGUGGAUUCUAAACCAUGAUACCUGCAAUGCAAUUAAGAUGGAGCUGCGUAGGAAAGGGCAUUUGUUGAUGGUAAAUAAACCAUUUUACAAAGCGAAAAUGAUUCAUAUUCUGGAAACCGUUAUUAAAGAAAGUAAUGUGGAAAACACCCAAAGAAAUGGAUCCAACACUUCAAGGAAUUCCACAAUGCAGGGUGAUUUGCAUGAAUGUCUUGAAAUUGAUCCCAUCCCUUAUGAUGAUGCAACUUCGGAUGAAUCUGAUAUCUCUGAUGGUGGAAAUUUUAACUCAAGACGAAGUAGGUCUCAUGCUGAAGAAGCACUAACCGGAAGAAGUCCGGCAUCUCGACUUCCGCAUCUCAAUGGGAUUAACAACAACUCAAUUGAGCUAAGCCAUGUUUCAUCUUCAGUGAAGAAGAAAUCACCCCAGUGUUCAUUUCAUGUUAAUCCCGGUUCAUUCAAUGUUGAGGACUCAUUGCGUAAUUUGUCGCAUAUAAGAAAAGCAUCAGAGUCUACAAAAGUUGAAGAUGGAAGCUUGGAAGAUGGUGGGAUUUCAGGGACUAGAAUCAUCCAAGAAGAUCGUGUAGACUCAAGCAGGGUCAUUCCUGGAAAGAAAUCUCUAGAAGGUUUAUGUAUAUUACUGGCAGAAGAUACGCCUGUGCUACAAAGAGUUGCGACAAUAAUGUUGGAAAAGAUGGGUGCUAUGGUAGUUGCAGUAGGAGAUGGGUUGCAAGCAGUAGAGGUUUUGAGAUACAUGCUUAAUGCAGAAGAACGUAGAAAAUGGGAAUCACUUCAACAAGAUGGUGAAACUAGAAAACAACCAAAGUUCCCAGAGUUGAUGUUGUUUGAUUUGGUCCUCAUGGAUUGUCAAAUGCCUAAGAUGGAUGGUUACGAGGCAACGAAAACCAUCAGAAAAUCCGAGAUGGGAACUGGUUUGCACAUACCAAUUGUUGCACUGACUGCACAUGCCAUGUCGUCGGAUGAAGCAAAGUGCUUAGAAGUGGGGAUGGAUGCGUAUCUAACGAAGCCAAUUAACUGCAAAUUAAUGUUAUCAACCAUUCUUUCUCUCACCAAAAGAAUGGUGUAGCAAAUUUCCAUGCCAAGAGUACCAAGCAACGUCAUGGUAUCUAUCUGCCAACGCUAGGCCAAUUAAUGCUGUUGGUUUGGACAUCAUCGGGAUGCAGAGAUAAGCGAAGGAAGAAAGUAAAAGAUUUCAAUCGUGUUGCAGCAACAAAGAAGUUGCUCACAAACAGUACGAAAUGGAAAGGAAGAAAGAAAGAAAGAAAGGAGAAAGCAAUUAUGUAUUUUCAUCUUGUGUCCUACUCUUCUAUACAUGUAUCUUCUUCUUUUUUUCCCGGAAAAUUCUAAUUAUAUAGAUAGCUCUGAUUCAA